AUGUCGUGCUCGGCGUGCUCGGGCGCGAUCGAGCGUGUUCUCUCGAAGCUCGAGGGUGUCACCUCGUACGACGUCUCGCUCGAGCAGCAGACCGUCGACGUCCACGCCACCGUCCCGUACGACACGGUGCUCGAAAAGAUCAAAAAGACGGGCAAGGAAGUGAUCUCGGGCAAGGAGGUAGCCUAA